AUUUAAAUUCAGUUUGAAGCACCAGUUCAGAACAAGUUUAGACGCUUAAAGAACUUUAUCUAACACACACCAUGGAAGCUCAGAACAAGUGAUCAUGCGCCUAGUCGCAAUUGACAAAAAAACAACGGAGUCGACUUGACAGUCUCCACUAUUUUGUCGAUUUUUAUGCUACUUUCGCAUGACUUCCACGUCUUGCUACAUACGUACACGACGAUACGAAAGAGCCAUGGCAUGGUUACAUAUUGUUAGUCAAAGCCUUCUUUUUCGAUUACUUGCUGCCGUAGUAGCCACAAAUCUCAUCAUUUGGACAUACAAGAAUCGAAUACCACGCGAUUUUGCACACCCUUCGUUGCCGUUCGUACAGCCUAAAAAUGUGACUGUAACUACUGAAAAGCCAAAUAACAUCUCAAAGAGAAUUCUUUUCUAUACAUCGUGGUUUGGAAAAAUUCCAUGGCCCCUCAAUGGCCCGCUUAAACUGCCAUGUCCUCACAAAUGUUCGAUAACUUACAACAAAAAUGAGCUGGCUUUCAGCAACGCAGUUGUUUUCCACGACUCAGACAUAGAUGACCCUCGAUCAUUGAAGCGAAUUAGUGAAUCCUUGAGACGAAGAGCACAGCAGAGAUGGGUAUAUUACACUCAUGAAAAUCCACACAAUGUUCAUAAUCCUGCUCCAUUUAACGGGAUUUUCAAUUGGACUGUUACCUACAGGUCAGAYUCAGAUAUACCUCGUCCUUAUGGCCAUUACAACACUUUGCAACAUGGCGAAAGGAUUCUUAAUGAAAAUAAUACAAUCAACUACGCCAAGGGAAAGGACAAGCUUAUCGCUUGGGCAGUAAGCCACUGUGGGACUAUUAGAGAUAAAGUUGCAAAAAAACUUCAUGAGUUUGUUCCUGUCACUGUUAUAGGGAAGUGCAGUAAUCUUUUCAAUCAAGUAAGUCCCGAAGUUUGCAGAAGGGGAUCACCGAAAUGUUCAUCUUACUUAAAGCGAUUCAAGUUCUACCUUGCCUUUGAAAAUGGAAUGUGUAUUGACUACAUAACGGAAAAAUAUUGGAUCACGCCCUUUGAUAAUAACAUGGUUCCCAUAGUCUUGGGGUCGAAUUAUGAUUCUAAGGUUGCUAUUCCCGGCUCAUUUAUCAAUAUCCUUGAUUUUCCGAAUAUGAAAGUUUUUUCUGAUUACAUYAAAUACUUGGACAAAAACGACACGGCUUAYAAUGAAUAUUUYAGCUGGAAGGCRAAGUUUAAGUUGGAUAGGACUGCGGAAGAUCGGUGGCUGUGUAGAUUAUGUGUUGAUCUUUUUAAUGAUUCACUGCCAAAGAAGGUUUACACGAACUUUAAAGCGUACUGGGGGCUCAAGAGUAAUUGUUAUAGAAAUAAGGAGAAAAUUCAACGUAUUUUACUGUGACUGACUUCUGUGGCAGGAUAGGAAUGGAAUAGACAUAUCAUUAUCAAUUUCAUCUUGAUUUCAUUUGGUCUUGACGCACAAAAUCAUUUUGUAUUGUCUGUAAAACUAGUUUCGUUUUAUUGCAAACCUCCUSAGUUACAAGACUUGUCUAGUGUUAGACAAGUCUUGUAACUGAGGAGGUUUUCAAYAAAACGAAACUAGUUUUACAGACAAUACAAACCGAUUUUGUGCGUCAAGACCAAAUGAAAUCAAGAUGAAAUUAUUAUCAAAGUCUUACGAGGUCAAAAUUCUCAAUAUAUCAAAGCAUAUCAUUAUCAUUAUAAUCUGUCCAACGAUAUAUUGACGAUUGUUCUUGGACUCUAAAACAAUCUUACUCACCACAAAUAAAAGAAUUAUUCUAAAUAUAAAUUCAUAGAUCAAGGGCAGGGUUGUAAAAUGGCUGGUGGCAUGUCAAGGAGUAAAAUAUAUAACUGUGAGUAGUAGCAUGCUCUAAAUCUAYUUGUACCAAUUUUCAUGGACACUAAUUUUGUUAAAUAGUUUUGCUAAAUAGUAUUGUGCAAUAGUGUAAUAGUACUACAUUAGAGCGAUAUCACAUAAGCAUAUGUUUUGCGUGCAAAUGAGUUUCGUGACUAAAAUAAUAUGAUAAUAAGUGCUAGCGUGCCUGCAUGCUUCAGUGAAACAGCUGAAAUCAACGUCAACUGAUUUUUAUUGUGAAGGUGAAAAAAAGGUAAUCAACUCUUAUUACGUGCUGGAGAAAGAAGGCUUGCUCGGAGGUUCAACGGGUGUUUGGCGAGAAGUCGCAUUAAUGUAGAACAUGUUUUUUAAGGACUUCAAAUCUAUAAAGAUAUAGAAAGCAUCUGUAGACAWGCCACAUGGUUCAUGGUCUUGAUCCUGUGUCGAGCUUGUGGCAUUUUAGACCGAGAGACGUGUUGAUCUUUUCCAACAAAUUUCAACAAAACACGCAUAACAUGCUAUAUAUAAAUUGUAAUUUUUAAAAAAUGCUUGAAGCAACAUUUUUAUUAAUUGGAUGUUAUGAAUAGUAAAAAUUGUAAUAAUYAUAUAGGAUGGAAAACAGUCCAAUAUUCACCGUUUGAUAAUAAGAUUAAAAAUAAGAGUUGACUUCCUACAGAUCUAUAUUUCUUUUUAAUUCUUGAUUUUUUUAACUUCACAAUAAAAAUCAGUUGACGCUUCAUUGAAGCAUGUAGACACACUCGCACUCAUUACCAUAUUAUUAGUCACGAAAAUCAUUUGCAUGCAAAACAUUGCUGAUGUGAUAUUGCUCUUAUGUAUUACUUUAGUGUAACACAUUUCAAUACUCCAGUUUCGAAUUCAAAGCGAAUAACCGCUGUUUUACUUGACAGCAGAUUCUAUUACGCAAAGAACUUACC